GCUUUUCGGUGAGGAUCCAGAAAUUAGCCACAGAUCUUAUCUUGGCGAAGCCAGUGCACUAUUCAAGGUUAAAAGGGAUAUCAAUUUUAUAUAGGUUCAAAUCCUGAAUAGGCUUCUGAGAAUAUGGGCGCUACGUGAAGGCGAGCAGCCAAAAAGGCAAAACAUGCGUCGCGUAGUUGAGUCAACUUACAGUCCGGUUUCCAUGGUCUUGAUCGCUCAAGAGCGCUUCUGGGAGUUGAGAGACUUGAUCACGAAAAUAGCUAACGUCAACAUUGACGACGCAUGGCUCGGAAUUUUCAUGAGCGGUUAUGGCGACGAUUCCUCACUCCAGGGAAUGAUCAGUGAUUUCACUCCUGGAGCGUACGAUGAAUCCUCUUAUCUGGCAUUGCUCGAUGUCCUAGUGGCGCUCUCUGGGUACCCCUUCUCUAAGCAAUCGUUUUCAAACCCUGAUAGCUUGUCAGCAUCCGGACGCAUUCUCCAUCAGGCUCGUCAGGUUUCCAACAUCAUCGAAACAAAAAGGCCCGAGCUGGUCAAGUCACGGCCGUACCUUCGCUGUAUCCUAGCUGAAGCAGAGCAUAGCCGUCGUCUUGAAGGUGACGUGAUUCGACAAUAUCUUUCUCGAUUCCCAGGUGUCACGGUUUGUAGAAGCUUGGUGCCCAUUUACAUCCCCAACACUUGUGAGAAUCCCGGUUGGCCAGAUAUCCAUGCGCAUCCACAGUAUACAAGGCUCGUCCAGAUCGCACUCAAAACAGCCCGAGCAAUGGGAGACUACCAAACCGAAGUCUUAUGCCUACAGGAGCUGAUAUGUCGAUCUUCACACCCGCGGGAAUUGUUCGAGCAGCUGAAGCAGCAGCAGAGAGAGAUGGAGGGCAAUUCAAUUGCAUCCCGACAAACCUGUCUGUCAAUGUAUCUUUUGCAAGACAUGGGAUCCUCGCACUCAUUGGAAGCCUUUCUAAAUGAAUACCAUCUCGCUAGCUCUCCUACCCGGACUGUUUCACGUCGGACCCAGGACGGACUUACCCAAUGGUGCUAUGUUAUGCUGCAACGAGCCUUUGCCACCUACGCGGGACAAGAUAAGGGUGAGGUAGAACUUGGGGUCACUCGUCUUUCAUCAAAACUCCCCAAUGAUGUUUCUUCCAUUUCCAAUAGGGCGUUUCAAUUUAGUCGCCCGCAUCGAGUUUCGACCUCAUAUAGCAGCGAUUCCGACUAUGAUUCUGACGACUACCGCGACCACAAAAAGGAAGCUGAAGUCGGACCGCGCAGGAGGUCCUUCAGUCGUAACAGGAUCCUACCAUACCCUCCGGGACUAUCAGUUCUUCAUUCCUUUCCUAAAUCGGAAGCUACUGUAUUUUGCGGGACUGGACCACCUACUCCCUAUCUCCAGCCUCUCACUGAUUCGGAAAAAGAGAUCCACGACAGCACCAAAGUAGCCAGUGUGGAUCAAAUGGUUCAAACUGAGGAUUCCAAUUAUAAGCACACUGUAACGCCGCAUAUCAUCAUUACUGAGUCAUCUACCGAGGCCAAUAAAGACCCAGGCAAUACCAAUAAUAGUAACUUAUGCCCGGCCCAAGACAAACAGCCACGAGAGGUAGAGGCACCUCCCAAGGAUAAACCGUCAAAGCAAGCUCAGGUUCAUGAACCUUCGUCGUCUUCAGAGUGACCGGGAUCCCUUGUCGGUGCCUAGAAUGAAAAAUUUGCUACAAAGAUCGAAGAUAAAAGCCAAGGAAGGACUCGUUACCGAUGUGACUAUCAGAGAGAAUGAAUGCAUAAUGGCUCUUCGGGCUAUUUCGGUCAACGGAAAAGAAAC